CUGGCAAGGCGUUGUGACGUCACAGUCACCGACUGCCUUUGUAUGGUUCUAUUAACUGCUCUCUCCUGACAGUGAGUUUACCCACUUCCUGUAGUUCCUUUUUUUUAUGAGUGCAGAGACUUCAGUAGAAAGAUUACUACAUCCAGUUGCCGAGAAACAAUGGACGUGGCUCAUGAGGUAGCGCUGUUAACUGAGGAGAUCCAACGUCUUGGCAGCAAAAAUGCAGAUGGAACGACCAGUGUGAAGUUUGGGGUACUCUUCAAUGAUGAGAAAUGUGCCAACCUCUUUGAAGCUUUGGUGGGAACCUUGAAGGCUGCCAAACGGAGGAAGAUCAUCACCUUUGAUGGAGAGCUCCUCCUACAGGGCGUCCAUGAUAAUGUCGAUGUCAUACUGCUGUAGAACUGAUGCAGGACCAGCAAUUAUACAUGUAUACAAUACAAUUUUCUGUUAGUGCAAUACCAUGCAGCAUUAGGAAAAAAAAAGUCAUCAAUCAGCAUUUUCAGGGUGACUGCAAAUGGGUGCAACCGAAAUGACAAUUUGUAUGUUGCAUGAAUGUUUUUUUUUUUACUAUUAUUAAAUUAAGGAUUACUAUUUUCUAAAGGUUGCACGUAUGUCAUAGCUACUGUUUGUUACUCAGACAAUUCAUCAUUCCAUGAUCACUUUCUCAUUUUUAAAUGCCAUAGACAAUUACUUACAUGGGUACACGACUACCUCCUUUAUUACGUCUUUGACUAAUGCAUAAAUAAAAUUAGCUGGUAUUUUAUUCAGGGUCCUUUGAAAACAUUGGCUGUUUAAAUUGAAAUUUCAGUCAAAUAUAACCUUUGUAUUUUAUAAAGUGCACAACUUUGACAAUGCACAAGAUUAAUAGUGUAUGGGGGAUUGUAUGCAUUUCACGUGCAAUGAUAUGGUAUUUUAUUAGUGCAACUCUCAAUAGGGUGUUUGUGUGCUAAAAUGGAUGUUUGAUUUCGUAGUGCUUUUCAGGAGAGAAUCAAAAUGACUUAACCUGAGUUUGGGACAGAUUAUCACACCUCAUAGAGGAAUAUUUCCCCCCACUUAUUCUCAGAAUCUCUUUCUAAAGGAUUUUAAUAACUAUUUUAAUAAAAGUUACCGCUAAUUCUAUCACCAAAAUUGCAUAUUUUAACUCCACCUUGAGCCAUAUGUACUCAGUUUACAAGUUACAUGAGUGCCCUUUAAAGUGGUGGGACUUUCAGAUGAUUUAAAGGUCUUGGCAGAGAUCUUGUGUGUUUAACCAAGAAGAAUAUAUGUUUAAUAAAUAUAAGAUUAGUGCAGAAAAAAAUAUAUAAGGAAGAUUUAUCUAACAUAGAGUUCUUGUACAAAAACACACUCAGGAGACUAUAUGUGUCGUUUAUAUGACUGGAGUUAUGAUCUUCGUAAACCUAAGAUAAUGUAACAGAAAACUAUGGAAUUUAAUUGCUCUGGAGUAAAAAUAUAUCCUUUGGCAUUUGCUGAGUUGCUGUCUUGGUGUUGAACCCUUGUUUUUUUUUUUUUAUACAUGUAAUCAUAAUAAAUGUGCAUUUUUGACAUGCAUCAGGAAGUUUGUACUUGUAACUAUGGUUAAACAGUGAACAAGAAUCAAAGUGCUGUACAACAUACAAAGAAUAAAGUCUAAACUGAAUAUUGAACUCCAA